GUCACAAUGAUACAUAUAUCCUUCAGUCAAAAAUAAGGUGAAAUUUCGGAAUAGUGAUGGGUUUCCUAUCAAUGGUACGGUUGUGUGUGCUGUAGAAUUUAAGCAUCUACUACAUGUGCGACCCGACGCCAUGGAAUACUCGGAAACACUUCUAGAGAAGUGACAAGUUAUAACUGGAAUCUCGACACGAAAAAAGAACUUCGUUUUUUGCGAUUUACAAGAAAAAAAUCAAAGGUAUCGAAGUGAUGUGGCUGUAUUGAAGAACGCAAUGGAGCCGAUAAGAAGCUUUCUUUGUAAAGGAUGGGCGAUGGUAGUUUUGAUGGCUUGUACUGUCCUCGCCUACAGGGAAUUAGCAGAUAUUCCAGGAAACACGAGACAAUUCAUCGCUACAGUAAAUAAUAAUUGUGGUGACUUUAAGGAGGUGCUGAGAAGAUGUCACGUGUGGAAAGAUAUGGGUUUCUGCUUCAAAUAUCGUCGACAAAUGCAGCACGUUUGUAACAAAACUUGCCAGUACUGUGUUCCAGGCCAAAAGCAGUGGCGCGUGAUAGAUAUAAAGGGGGUCUGGGGGCAAUUGAAGGAACCAGUCAAUGCGCAUGUAUCGUCCACAAAGGUACCCAAGCAACCACCGGUGCAAAUACUGGGAAAAGAGACAACACCACAAGUGGAAGAUGCAGCUAGAGCAAUAGCAACUCAGCUGGAAGGAGAAAUUGAUCACAAUGAAUUAUCAGCUCCUCCAAACGCUGGUGGUCAGCUUGACGAGGCUCGCAUUGGUGUUCAAAGUGCAAUGGUGCCCACGAAUGGUGAAACAAAGGGAAAGAUGUCAUUUUCUUUAAACGUUUCAUCAGCAGAACAAGAACAAAAAACACAUCCACAGGAUGGUCCUACAAUUAGCGGUAAAACACAGGUAGGCGAAAAGCCUGAUAAAGGAACUAAUCCUAUUGUGCUCUUAAUGGGAUACGGACUCGGAGAAAAGUCAAGUCAAAGGGUGUAUGAUGAUCUGAACAACGCUACCGAUUUCCCAGCCUCUGAUGGAGAAACAAAGAAUAAUGUAGGUCCGCAUGAUGCGCCAAUUCAUGGUAAGCUAUUAGCAUUCAGAGACAAUGGUACUUCUCUUACUGAGGCUGCCCAGGAACGCAAAUCGCCGAGCAGUAGGUUUCGCACAGAAGAUAAUGUCCCUGAGUCGGACUUAAAGGAGAUUGUAGAGUUACUAGACAAUGCAGCUUCCGUAAACGGGCGCUUACAGCCAGUUGCUGCUAAUCAAUAUAUGCAUGAAGAAACUAAUGAAGGUAACGCAGAUUCAAAUGCGUUGCAGUUGAACUUGGGUGCACAGAGUUUAGAUUCUCAGGAGAUGAGCACUUUACAAAGCAAAGUGACGCACAGAGGCAGAGUAAAAAACACACACUCCAUCUUGCCAAUAAGUUCUGACGAUACAACAAACCAGAAAGCGUUUGAACAAAUAGCAGUGCAUGUACUUCCUAACACUUCUGAGGUUAAUUCAACAAGCAUGGUUGAAAACUUUGUUAAGCUCAAUCGUUCAGAGGGAAGCAUGCCAACAGACUCCAUGGUUGCGGGCAACAAGCAUGGCAACAUAAACAAUCCUUUACAGAUGAACCCAUCGUUUCGAAGCAAGCCUCGCGUCUCAAAACCAUCGGGGAAACAAGUCACACUUACCAUCAACGAGAGGCCCGGAACUGGUGAAGCUGUUUUCAAGGUGAAAAAAUCCCCUACUGCAACUGGAGUAAGUUACACUACAGAGGACCAUCCAGAAGGCUUGCCCUCGCCCACUUAUCUACUCCAGAGUGAAAACGAAGAGGCCCGGGCCAAGGCAGAUGAAGAAGAAGCUAAAAUCAGAGCGGCCACGAGCGCCAUUAAAAAUGUGAUUAAGUUGUUUGACAAGGACCACAGUCAUCAUGGCCAUACCAGACUUAUUCAAGAGCCCACUCAGGAUUUUCCUGCUGAUUCCAAAUCGCUGGAAGACGGCCCCGAGUUGAUCGCAGGAAUGGACGCAAGUGAAUAUAAUGCCGAGGUUGCACAGGCACAAAAUCUGGACCGUGCCCGAGCCAGCGCCCUGGCCCUUUCGCAACAGAAUGGGCCCUAUCGAAGUCCUAGUGAGGCGAGUCCUGGGUCACCUCCGCCAAACUACGCCGUUGUUCGCAUGAGUGAUUCAAAGGACUGGAAAAGCCUGGCUCACACGCUUGCUACUCAGCUGAAACAUGUGCUUAAUCAUAUGGAAGACAGAGAAAAAGAGAACCGUCAUGAAAAGCAGAAGAUCCAAGAACAAAUGAUGCUUAUGGCUCAACAACAAAUGACGGGAAUUGGGCGAGAGGACGAUGAAGGCCCGGCCGCGGAUGAUGAUGACGACGACGACUAUGAUGACGAAAUGAGGAACAGGGAUGAAAUGGAGAAACGACGUCAUUCUGUGUCCAGUCCCCAAGAGAGAACAGAGGUUGGAAAUACACCGCGGAACAGCAGAUUGACUGACCAGAAAUUCUAUCACGAAAAGUUAAGAAGAAAAUUGAAUGGGCUUCAAUUGGCUCACAAAGCUGUGAACAGUUUAUCACGACUGGAAAUACGACAUAAGUCGAACAAACAGAAACGAAGGCUAACCUAAUAAAACGUUGGCGGAGAGAAGAAUUUUCCCACUGUUUUUUUCUCUGAGAAAGAAUUUCGUUAAAUGUAAAAAUAUCUUGUGGUCAUUUAAGGUGAGACAACAAAAAAGACAUCACUUGAUAAAACCAAAACAGUUUAAAACGGAGUCAGCUGGACGAGGCCCUAAGGCAUGCGAUAAAAGAUGCGCAAAUUAAACACCGGUGAUUACUCUCCUUUUAUAAGAGUUUCUAUGCUCUGAGGAAGAGCCUUUUUAUUUCUGUGUCUGAAAUAUCUCUCCUUUAUUCUCGCCACUUUUGUACAUAUAACGCCACUGAGGCACAACUCUCAUAUUCUCCAUCAAAGGCCAUUAUGGAAUGCUUGACAGGAGAUGAAAUAUCGCUGAAAGAACUUAUGAGGACGACAAGUUGUUUUGUUUGAUUGAUAUUUUCGAAGUUAUCAAACCUGAAAAGGCAGGUAAAAUUUUACUAAGGGUCGACUUAUUGAUCCGGAUAAAGGAAUCAAGAUUUGAUUUGCCAGAUGAAACAGCGAGUGGCGCUUUUUCAGUUACUUUUCUUCAAUAUACUAUAAAAAUAAGAAGAAUUGUAAAAGAUUUCAACUAUCAUACCGCGUGAACAUGUUCAUGUCUAAAAUGGGGGGAAGGGGUGGGAAUACCCUUUCACAAAAGAAUAUCAAAGUAGAGACAC